AUGGGCUGUGAGUCGGCUUUUGGUAUUUUCUUGAUAUUUUGGACAUUUUCUUCACAUACUCCCACUGCUUCAGCUGUCUUGUGCGAUUCCACUCGUAUUAUUUCUAAGGGCUCUUCCGAGGCCUUUGUAAAAUAGCAUGCGCCCGCCCCUUUGAUACCUGGCCGAACCUUUUCAUUCUUUGUUAGCUCUAUACUUUUCGAUAAAAUGAGAUCGUGAAGACUCCCAGCUUUACUUUUCGACACUUUGUGAAGUUAUUAAUGUCUGGGAACUGGAUUACCAAUUACGACCGAACGUUUCCAAAUUCUGAAGGCAACAACCUAGUGUUUUGUUCGUGUGUAUUGGAGUGCUUUGAGUCUCCAGUAGCGGCCGAGGACGUCAAGGGUAGCACACAACCACGUAACGGGAUAUCGAGGAAGAGAUCCUGGCUUGUGUUGAUCUGAAUACGAUUGUUAGCAGUUCACGAUACUCAUCCGUACAUAAAGGAAGAAGAAACGAUCGAUGGACGAGAGAUAUAAUGAGCAGAAAAGGGAAUCGCAAAGGAGUAUAAUGACAGUUAAAAGUACAAACGGGAUGAGUUACAACAGUCGAGUGACCUGUCUGGGUGGAGAGGCGAAACCAACAUGCCAGCUGGAAAACCGGUGGGGAGUGCAGCGCUGGGGAGCAACUGCAGGGAAGGGCCGAGGGGGUUGCCGAUGUAGUGAGGGCAGCGGUACGAACGUUACGACAUAAUACGGAGCGGGAGAAGGGAUCGGCGGAAGAGAGUGGAAGGGACACCGGCCAUCUUCACCAACAUGCGGCUACGCCAUCUCCAUCCUAGGCCCACGCGCCAAAAGUGUCACGGCAUUCAAACAACCCUGCACAGAUCAGGGGACGUUACACUCCCCGCUCUGCUUCUUUGGCUUACGUUGCCUUUCAGAGUCCCUACGUACGGCGCCGUUUCACAUGCUCGCUCAAAAUCCACCCACUACAGUUAUAUCGGUCAGAAGAGCCGCCCAUGUUUACCUGUUAGCAUCUGUAAUUCUUUAUUCCUUCAACAGUUUGGAGCACGCCGAUGCCCAGUACUUACACAACUUACUUUAUUUUAUGUUUGAAAGAAAAUCCACACCUGACUGAAGUUUAUGUUUUCAUGUAUCCUGUUCAGAAAGAUGCCCGAUUUAUCAGCUUUGAGUAUUCCGUAGUCCUCUUUUCCGCAGUUGCUACUUAACGGUCGUCGCGUUUCAUUAGUUUAUUCUCUUAUUAAUUCACAAUUAAGCGUAUUGAUUCGUGUCCCCAGAGAUUACUCAUUGAGUAUUGGAUGUUAUUUUAGUUAACAAGGACAGAAUACCGAGGAGCGAAAACUAGCACGAGAUAUUCGCUAAUAGUGUCUAGCCAGGCCUUGGGGCGGUGGCAUCUGUUAAGCUCUCAUGUAGAAGUGAACGGCAUUUGUGAACGGCUUUUAUUCCUUCUGCCUUCAACCGUCCUAGAACCAAUGGAGUUUUGCACGGGCCGGGCAAAUCUGCAUCCUCUAACAUCUGAUUAAGGACACUGCUGAAAUUAAAAACACUGCAUGACGCAUGUAUUUGAAAUUAACAGCCUUAUAGCACAUACAGGUGGUCUAGUUCUUUCUGUAAUUUCAGUAAGCAUGGGCCUAGACUGGCCACCUAAAUUAUAUGAAAGUCUCUAAAAUGUCUUGGAAUUUCACUAUCUUACCAUGUUUGCGUCGAUCGUGCCAUUAGUUUACGUUUUGAACGCAGUCUAAUCACUAUCGUGAGUAGCGAUAACCGUAGUAAAAUAUGAACAGACUUCAGUUUAUCUCACAAACUUCAUUCUCUCCGACAUCCAGCCCCGUACAAUCCUUGCGAAAGGCACGGGUCUCUGUUCCUCAUUGGAUAAGGUGCCAAUCACAACAAUUCCGCAUGCGUACUUGACAAGAUCUAUUACACUCCACCUUUCUUCUCCUGCACUUGGUCCUUUUUCAGAUGUUUCACUUGCGUUUCAUAGAAAAUGGGAUUUGUUUAAAAAAUUUCAGCGAAGGAUUCUGGUAAAAUCAUCACCGUCGUCGCCUCCCUUGGAGAGGGCAACAAAACAAAAGAAAUAUCUUACACAGAUAUUAAGGUGGUUGGCAAUGGUUCAUUUGGUGUCGUCUACCAGGCCCGUUUGUGCGACACCAAUGAGAUCGUUGCCGUCAAGAAAGUUCUCCAGGAUCGACGGUUUAAGGUUGGUUUUAUAAUGAUAUUUAUCUGAAGUACUCAAAGCCGUUUUCUGCCCAAUUAAUUAGGUGAGAUUGGCCUCUGGUAGCCUUCUCUUGACUCAAGAUGGGGUGAAUUGGUAAAAAAAACUGGUACUCAUUGUGCGUUUCUACUCCUUAUGUUCAACCGCCUAUCCCUCUGAUAACGAACCCUGUAACGACUGUUUUUUCAACGUUGUCUAAAGAUGUGUUUAAUUCUAGUCAUACAAGUUUCAUCUACGGAAUCAAGUGCCAUUGACUUGAUUAACCCCUAAAAACGGUCGGUGCUGCCGUGAUAUAUCUGAUUUAAAUCAAAAUAGGCUUGUCAUGCCACAUAAGCCACUAAGUCUGUUGUCAUCUGUCAAUUCUUUUUCCAAAGCGCAACCCGUACACGACGGGGGAGGGGAAUAAAGGAUGAGGCCGACCUAGCUUAUGCUUCUUUUUAGUAUGACACGCCUUCAAACACUUAGGACACACAUGAUGUCAUGGCUUAAAAGAUUACCGAUAGACGAAUAACUGUGUAGUCCUCCGGACAGCUAUUAUCAAGAUGUCUUUUGACGCUCAUCUGAAACUCGAACCUUGGCUUGGUAGGUACUUUCGACUUAGUUUAUUCGUUUUACUCCUGCAUUAAGACAUAUUGAAAACAAGGCAAGUUCGUUAACCUGUGACUUGCGGACUUGCUGAGCUAGUACUUCUAACAUGAUUUGAUUAACUCUUGAGGAAAAAACUUUAAAGCAACCAAUAUUUCCGGUUAAUCAAUUCGCAUCCCGUUGUCCAUAUAUCGAUAAUCUUCCUUCCUGGACAAGAACGCGGCGUGCCUAAGAAAAGACAAAGCCUAGUGUGGACAUCCGAUUAUUUCCUAACCUAUUGACAAGCGACUUUUGUUUUUCCCCGCCAAGUGGUAGGAUGCAUGUUGACCACACUCCAUAAUGUGCCUAGAGGUUAGGUACACGGAGUGGGUAGUUCGGGGGCCAUUUCCCUCGCUACUGACUCUGCUCAUAUGACCUCUGAUCCAGUAAGCCAGGAUAACUAAUAUUCAUCCAGGUAGGCAGAAAACCCCUGAUUAACCACUGCGUUUAAUCCCUUCUAAGUUGACCUUCACCCGAUGGAGAACGAGAGGAGGUCAAAGACGCCUGUGUCGGACUUUUGGGUUAUUUGUUGGCUACCUGGCCCAGCAGCUGGUGUGCCGGUACUUGGUGGAAGAUAACUGAAUAAAACGGGCUCUUUGGCUUGACGAAUAAACUACUGCAGACCGUCGACUGUGGUUCUGUCAGGUCGCAGAACUUUGAGGUCUGCUACAAUAACUACUCAGCAAAUGCCAUAAUCGGGUGUUUCAACCGUGGCAUGAUGGUCACGAAUUUCUCUGUUAGUUUAAUGAUUUUCGACGAUUUAACAUGCCAUAACACCAUUUCAUGUCACCACCACCUUGCCGGUUGUAUAUCCAUACGGUGGCUAAAUUGAAGACUCGGGGACCUAACCCACCAAUUCCUCAAUCUUCAAUGGUUUUGUUCCUCAGUCGCGAAACCUGACUAAUGCUGGGUCGUCUGCGGCGAUCGACUUAUCCUGAUCUCAGCCAGUGCGUCCGAGGGCAAAUAAGCAACUAGUUUUUUUUGGACGAGCGAGGAUUGCACAUUGUAUGGUGGGAUUUGAGGACAGGCUGACUAUACAUUUCAUGCCCCUUAAAGUACUUUUGCCAGAUUAGAGCCCACCCGGUUCAGAGGUAUAGGGUGCCAACGGGUGCUUCUACUACAGUGGUGUUACCAACAACUGUAUUUCAACGUGUGAUGUGAUCACUUUAAGUGAUCCGAUAAAAGCUUCCCUUGGACUCGGGAAACCUCUUCAGUUGGUAGUCGAACAUAUACGUCCUGAUGCUGUUGCCAAGGUCGCUUUAGUAACAGUAUACGUAAGAUCGGUUUACGAACAGCGCCUGAGUGUUCCACGUCGUACUCCUUUGCUAUAGGAUUGAAAUUUCAAAAUGGAAAAUCACAAUCCGCCGACCAGCCCAACUUGUCGGUUUUGCGCUGAACUGUUUUAACCAGCACAUAUAUCCGUCCCCGACAGCACAGGUGACAUAAGUACCGCAUAACACGUAGUCCUCAAGCGACGGCUAUGCUUGUAUUUCGCUCAAUUCCAUGCAUGUCUCGACCCUCUGUGCAGCACUACACCACGUCAGUCCUGUCGUAAUGCCUACGCCCUCGCGAUAUUUCAUUAGUUUUCACAAGCAGACCCUCUGUAGAACCCGUCAGCCAGUUCUAGGAUUUUUUGGACAAUGCGAACUCAGAAGUUUGUUCUCUUGAUGCCCCUAUAGGACUCAACAUGAGCUUGACCAUAACAGUUGUCUUCUCAUUAUCGCGCCGUGUAUCACAAACUGCCCAUACGAUUCUGUAAAUUAGCAUCUGAAAAUCAACCUGCCUAUUGGUCUUAUACAAAAUCGCAAAUAGUCGCAUGUUCGUCAGACUUUCGUAGAAAUUUACAUGCUGUAUUUGUUCCCCGAGUGUUAACCCUCGAGCUGCACUAUAGAUUAGCGCUAUAUACGGCACUCGAAGUUAAAUCAUGCUACCGCCAACAUCUGUUCCGAACUGUGCAAGACCUAAAGUUCUUUCUAAACAGGCGCUGGACAAUGUGCACUUUUGCUCAAAUGUCUAUUAUCCGUUGUAGAAUCGCGAACUGCAAAUCAUGCGGAUUCUGGACCAUCAGAAUAUUGUGAAACUAAAGUACUUCUUCCAUGCCGUCGGGGAAAAAGUAAGUUCGCCCUCCUCCAUCCCUCACUAGCAUUGCGCAGUCUACUUUCUCAUAAUACUGCAUUUACACAAUCUUGUGUGCCCUGUCAGACCCAUUUAGACUUUACUUUUACAUUUAGCAUCUCGUUUGUGACAAAAAGUGUCGCUACUAGCGAGCUCCCUGGUGUGCUUGUUUACAGCACAGUGAACAGGACCAGUUACCUGCCUGGUGUUACUCCAACACUGCCUGCUUUGCUGCGGACUGCCCUUAGAGGGCUUCCACUGAACGCUCGCACUUAGCUUUUUCUCUGCGUUGUAAUACUUAUCCGAUAACCAUGAAGCUGGUUUUUUCCAAUUUUAUUGGAAAAUAGGUUGGAAAAAGCCAAAUUGAUUUCAUACGCUGUUUGCCAGCUACCGAACAUUGUUUUCUGCUAAAUUCCAGUCUGUCAGCUUGAAAAGAUAGAUGAAUGCGGAGUCCGUUUAUCUUAUAAAAUGUCACGUCGCCCAUUCAUACAGAUUUGCAAAUUGGCACAGUUGCCGUGUUUCGACUUGCAGGGGGUACUGAAAGUGCAAGUGUUACUUGCUUGUGGUGCGCUACAGUCCCAACUUCCCACUCGGCAUCACAAGCUGUGGUGGUGACCCGUAGGUAUUAGUAGACAAGAUUUAACAAUGUUACAUCGUGUUUGACUUUUUUGCGGGCCUAGUUUUCUGAGAAGGAUGCAAUACCCUUAACGCCGCCUAUAAACUUGUAACACAACACACCAUUUACACUAUUCAACUGGUUUAAUGUGUUUUUCGGUGGUAUAGCCUGUCCUCUGUUAAAAAUAUAACCAUGUGGAUGGUGCAAAUAGGACUUCUAUAUGUGCAAAAUAUUUUCGUUAAUUUUUUAACUCCAGCUUCGUACCGUUGAAGGCUUCAAGUAGUUGACGGGUAGGUUUGCAAAAUGCGUGUUGCAUUACCUUCGGAAGGGAGGAAUAUUGGGUUUUGCACAUUGCACACUUGAUUACCAUAAUCGCUUGUAACAAUGUCAUGCUUGUCUAACCUUUCGGAAGCCAUUUUACAGCCGUCAUCGUAACCUAGUAUAUUAACCAAUGGAUGCGCGCUUCACGACGAAGAUGUGAUCUUUUGUGGGAUAUUCCAAUCAAAGAAAAUUUUUCUCUGAUAGCCGCAAUUAUCACGAUGGCCAACGACAUCGUUCAAGACGUCGAGCCGCAUGUUCUAGAUGAAUGCAUUGCAUAAGAAAUCCAGUAGACAUGGACAAUACUAUAAAAGUUCAGUGUCAUGAAAUGGUGAAUAUACUAUAAUAGCAGAAUGUUUGUUCCCUAUAUAAGGCCAGGUGCUGAUUCUCUGGGCUUUUUUGAUCCUGUUUUCACAUGUGGCAUAUAUAGUUGUUAUUUGGGAGCGGACUUGACUAUCUUUAUACGAGGCUGUCAAAAUGGUCGUCGCACCGUGCUUUUGCCUUUGAUGUGUUUGGAAGGUGUGUCGUCUGGUAACCUUUCUUCUUAAAAAUCUUAAAACAGUCUUAACGGGGCCAAAAUAUGGCUUCUCAAAAUACUGUCUUACCGGGCCCGUAGCGAAUUUAUGGUAACAGCAGUAGAGCUUAAGUCUUCACAGAAAUGCGACAAUUAUUAUUUACAAGCAUCACAACUUGGAUGCAUUAUUGACUAGUCUAUUGCACUACUCCCGUGUUUUUCUGUCGAGUUUAAAAAGCAUAGCAGUGGCCUGUGUCUCUAAUCAUAUUGCUUAGAAAAGCUUCAAAUGCGACGCAGAUACGAAACGUUGACAACAGCCACCCAAUCGGCGACAAACACAGUUACGUAAGGGCGCUCUCUUGACGCGUCGAAUCGCAAUGCUGUGAAUCAGAAGAUAAGGCUGGUGAACUAGAGUAUCUUCGCCAUGGCCACCUCUCCCCCUCUGUCAACUGGUGCGCGCACAGACGACACGAGAGACCACAUCACACCGACCCCGAAUUUUGGCGAUCGCAUCUUUGCACCAGGGACGUUUCGGAAGUCCUCGGCUGCUGUCUCACCACUUGGUGUGAGACUCGUACACAAGCCGGCGGCAGCUAUCAACCACCAAACGACAAGGCCGAACGAUCCAACCCACAAUUCAUCAAUAGCCGCAAUAACAUUCCUCCCUAAUCAGUGAUAAGACCAGUCGGACAAAUUUGCCACACGGAGAGCAAAACGGAAUUCCAGCUGAUCAUACACCGCAAACUCCCAACUGAGGGUCCUGCUGUAUUCACUAUGCUUAAAUGGCGUCACUUCUUUUUGGGGGAGGAGGGAUAAGGUCUUGAAAGCUACUCAUAAGCGAACAAAAGAAUCGUUUAAAUAUACCCAGACGUUAACUUUACACGUCGUGUGUUCACUUCGUGCAAAUCCCAACCGAAUAACGACAAAUGCACUUGCUUUUUGAGGAGUUUGUUUGGCUUGAGACUGCAACCAACACAGGUUCAUUGCGAAUAAACAAGUGUCUGUUUUCGAAAAUGAUUUUCGUAAUACCUCUUUAAACAUUAUCAUACUGAUUCAUGAGCACUUUUUCAAUGGCACAUGUAAUGAGUUUGCUAGUGGGGGACUGUCACCCUUUACUUGUCUUGUAUCCAAGCGUAUUUUUGGUCAGUCAGAGAUAACCUCACUUUUUCUUCUUUUCUCAGAAGGAAGACGUCUACUUAAACCUCGUUCUCGAAUUUGUUCCUGAAACGGUAUACCGUGUUGCCAGGCGGUAUACUCGCCAGAAGGAGACUAUUCCUAUGAUUUAUGCAAAGGUGAGUACCGAUACACGGGCUUAUAUGUUUAUGGUUUUCGCUGAACUCUUGGGGGUCAUCCUGUUUGCAAAUUACCAAAUAAUCACUCCCUCAGUAAGUUUGGUCUUGACGCUUUCGCUCCCUAGCAUACCGUAUUAGGGCUUAUUGUCUUGGCCUGCCCCCUUCGAGCUAUGGGAUCUUAGACUGUGCUCUCCGGCAACGCUUCCUUCAAAGAUGCAACCCCAUUUUUCACAGACUACCACCAAGUCAUCUACUGUGUCCGAUUUUAAGUACAUACCCAUAAAAGCAACUGAGUAAAGAAUGAAACCUCGCUUGUGCCUACUGACUACCCACAGAAACGGUCUCUGGCCGUCUAACCGGUCGUUCAUCUUAAGGCACAAAGUUUUCAGUGUCGGACCAAUAAGAAGUGGGACGGAAUUGCUUCAACUUCGCAGAAAUCAUGUCUAUCUGUUUAUGUGGGGGUAAAAAGUGCAAACAACCUAUAGUUUGAAUUUCAUGGAUUCCUUUUUAACUGAAAAGGGAGGUAAUUGAUUAAUUUGAAGGCUUAAACUGAUAUCGUACGUUUUGCAGUUUUGUUCAGAUCUGUGUUUCGUUUGCCGUGGGAGGUCUUAGCUAACCAGAAAGGAUAUUUUCGUUAGUUAUUCUGUGCCAUUUAUAUUCCUUCCUCCCUUGCACAACCGGUUAUGGUCGUCGACUUUUAACUGCUCGUUAACAGAUGUUGACACAUUUUGCUAGUGCGAUCCUAAAAUGCCCUACAAUAUGUAUCUAAACCCAUGAAACGUUGAAUAGACUCUUAAAACGUGACUGUUAACUGGAGAAUGGCUUAACUGAGGUUGGAAUCCAGAUUAGCAGUAGGCCAUGCACUGGCUCGCUGAUUUUGUUUGACAAUGUUCCCAGUCACCACUUAAUUGGCGUGCGCUGAUUCAGCCGCACUUCCUUAAAGUAUUGCACAUGAUAUCAAUUUGAUGUAGGCGUUUUGCAAACGUCUUUUUAGGCUAAUACCCGUAAAAGGGGUCUGUUUCGACCUUUCAAAAAGGUACUAUCUCCUGUGUAUUUUAGGACAUAGCUUGUCUAUUCUACAAGCUACCUUCCAUAAGACAAACUUGUACAUCUGCGCACGUCCGUAUGGGGAAGUCACCCGGCUCUCAUAAGAUGUUGCGACAGCUAGGCAUCACAUACGCUUUAAAGGCUGCACCAGUGAACCUAUGCGGGCUGGGUCACACGAAUAAUCAUGCUUAGGCCUUAGAUGUUCCCAAAAUUUCAAAACUUCCCAGACUUAAAUACUACUUUCAAAUGCCUCAAGUAAGGAAGAUGCAAUUAUUCAGUAAAUAUUCAUUUAAAGUUGGUCCGACGUAGGCAAUGUGACUGACUUCGCUGUUGGUUUAAAUUACGACCCUAAUUAAUUAAUCAUUGUAAUGUGGAGUUGUGUUUAAAGACAUCAGCCAGUAUUUACUGAGUUUUGAUGCAGUUUGUUUGCUCCAAAUAACACAUUCCUUUGCUUCUUCGCCUUUUAGUUGUACAUGUACCAGCUCUUCCGCAGCCUUGCCUACAUCCACAGCAAGGGCAUCUGCCACAGGGACAUCAAACCGCAGAAUCUACUUCUCGAUCCUUCUACAGGCGUCCUAAAGCUCUGUGAUUUUGGAAGGUGAACCUCUUUUACCUUCCGUAAAAUGGACAUGGAUGACAAAUCUCGUCACUAUAAAUCGCAUGAUGCGUUUCACCUAUACACCACCAAACGCUUAUUAGGCGCUGAACACUACACCCAGGUCCUUCACCGUGACCUCAUAGCCCUUUUUCUGCGUGAAUGACGACACUGGUCUGCUUAAAACGCGCGUCCCACAACUGGUUCGGAUCGGCGAGCUGCGGUUGUUCAGUACGUUUAACACGGUACAUUGAGUCCGUUCUGCGACGGAAGUUCGAGGCGUAAACGCAAGGGAAGUGUGUCGCCUUUUUCUUCUCACUGGAACAGAAGCCAGCCACAACACGGUGCUAAUGUAGAAUUAAUAAAACUGAGCUUUCUCCUCGUCUUAUGUGGAAAAUCCAAAACUUCCAGGCUGUCAUUUCUCAGGUAUUUUGGUAUAUAUACACGGUAGGUGAUGUAAGUCGUGAAAAGUACGUCUGUAUUCUACAGAAUUUUCCCACUUACCUAUGCAGUUGAAUCUCAGAUUUUAAACCUGAUAGACGCCAAAAUUCGUUGGUGAUAAAAGAAGCUCCUUCGUUCAGAACCACUCCCUUUUACCUGCGUCGGCAGCAUCUUGUUUGCGCAUCUCUCUGUUCCCACCGUAAAACUCUCAACUGGGACCUGCUCCCCCCUCAGCUCUGUGUUGAAAAAUGGCGCCGUUUCUUCCCCAUUGAUUCGCCUGGUAGGUUCUGCGUCGUCUUAGCGGAUUAGACUUGCGUUCUGAACCGUAGCCUUGCAUUAACUGUACGCUAAACCGCAUUCACGUGUAGCUGUGUAUUGCGCGGAACACAGGAGCAUCUAAGGUCGGACGGUUUGACGAGCUCAAAUGUCAUUGCCUUCGACUGCUAGGCAGCCAUUUCCGCACUUGUAGAUUGUAAGUCGAAUCUUACCUAAAUGCCGUUUUGCUUUUGUUUUCCUUUAGUGCCAAAGCUCUCGUUCGUGGGGAACCUAACGUAUCCUACAUUUGUUCACGGUACUAUCGAGCUCCCGAACUCAUAUUCGGUGCUGUCGACUACACCUGCCAAAUUGGUAUGAGAUAAAAGCGUUAUAGACGACUCUUUUUUGUUAGGAUCAUAAACAUUCCCUAUGCUCCUAAUCCUUGUCAGCUUUCACAGACUUUGCUCUUCCGAGAUACUGUUCGAACCAUUUCUCUGGCGUCAUCCAUCGGAUUUUUCGCCGCUCGACUCAACUCGAUAUUGCUCAAGAAUGCAAUUGUCAGCAAGAGUGUUUAUCACCUCAUCUCCUGACUCCACCGACUAACUUCGCCUCCACAGCCUGUGAUGAACAUUAUUCAGUAGCUAAUUCGAGUUCCUGACGCCGUAUCCUAACCCGUUUUCAGUAGCUGCUCUCUCACUGGUCAAUUUCAUGUCGUCUCUGUUCCUGUUGUCGUCGAUCUCCGACGGGUUACCCGAGUAGACGUGUUGCUCGUUAGCCUACCUGCUGGCUGUCCGGCUCGUCCACAGGUGGCGGAUAGGGGGCCGGCCUUCAGUGAAAGUUAGCUCUGAAAUAAGCCGACUAUCGAGUCUGAUGGAUAGGCAGUCGCAAACCAGCAGCGAUGAUGCUAUCAUGGUGCGGAGGGCAGAAACCUGGCACACCGACGGCCUUAAAAAAUUCUGCAAAACCCCAUAGCAGCAGUGGCAAGGUGAUCGUGAACCGCUAUUAAAUAAGUUUGAUUGCCAUCUCUGCCUUGCAGUUAGGCUCUUGAGCCAAAGCGCUAGAGGAGCCAAUCCGACCAAACAGUCUGAGCGGCUUUUAGGACCCGCCUGCACUCAUAAUUCCCAAGAAACCUCAUGGAAACAUGUCCAACUACAGUAUUACGAUCCAUGUCACGGUGUUCACGGGAACCGACGCGCCCUUCAGCCCUGAUUCAGUGGUGUGAGUAAAUAUUAUGCGAGCUCUUGAUAUUGGAUGCAGAAAUGCGCGAACGUCCCUAGGCCCUGGCACCCAACAUUUGACGGCGUGCAGUCUUCAUCAGUACAACGUAUAUUUCUGCUGCCUGUCUGAGGUCCGAAUCCCCGACUGGAGGUGGAUGUGCGGGCCAGAUAUUCACAGUGAGGUGCAUUUUUGAAUUCCGCCGUGGCUACCAACAGCCGACGGCCGUCGCUCUGUUAGCGUCGUCACUGAGAUCGAUUUGUUCCGCGUGAAUUCCUGUUGUGAAUGAUGGAGCUAGAUGGAGUGCAGACCAAAAUUACCACCACGAUCUAGGACAACUGUCGCUCCACCGCGCGAGUUCAGGUCCAUAAGAAUCCCAGCCGCCCGAUAUCUGGUCGGGCGUUCGACGGGGUUGCAUGCCGUCGCCCGUCCUGUCCGACUACGCCAUUGGCUGGAUUCUCUGAAGCACCCUACGUGUCUUCGAAGGUGUUAAGUACGCACCCGGACGCCGGCUGACUGACCUCGAGUACGCUGGUGGUAUCGCUUUGCAAGCCCCAAACUUUGGUGAUCUAUAGUCCAUUGUAUCGCAGAUAAAUGAGGUCGCUAAAUCGGUCGGUUAAUCUAUAAAUGAUGGGACGACCAGAGUGUUUUCAAGCAGCAUCCUUGAAUUAGAAGAAGCCAGCCCUCGAGAUUAAUUGCUGUCAACUUGAUGAAGUCGGCAGUUUUCAUUACCUCGGGCGAGGCCGCUGCCGAAUGGACAGAGUAAGGACGACGCUGUCUCUGGAAUCAAUGCCGCUCGCCGGGUUUUCUCAAGCCUUAAAAAAUGUCUAUGAACUUGACGCAACAUCUCCAUCGCCACGAUGAUUCGCGUGUACCGUGCUUGAGUCCAGUCAGUCCUUCCACAAACGGUUAUGAAUGUUGGGCUGUGCUCGUAGAUAAGCGAAAACUGGAGGUAUUUGGCCAUCACUGCUUGAUGAUCAUCCCUUGAGUGAAGUACACCGACUUCGUCUCAAGUGUUACUGCCCGCACUCACUGUGAAAACAUCUUAAUGAUAUCCCAGACCAUCCAAGGGAGACGAGUAAGGCGGUUUGGUCACGUUCUUCGUCGUCCACCUCACGAACUCUGUUGCUGUCCUCGAUCCGGCACCGUAGUUAAAGAGGAAGUCAACUGAAAACCGGGCUCCACACAGUUCGUUAAGACAUGGAAUUUAUUCUUGGACCUUCGGUAUUCAGUCUCCAUCGCCGGCGAAAAUGGUGGACUGAGUUGUCCAGAUCUGCCGCGGACCGUCACGCACAAAUAAGUGCAGUGUGUGACAGCGAGGUCGACUAGAUCAGGCAUGAUCGCAGCUGUACCAAGUACGCGUACGAGGCCCAGGCCACCAUUUGUUGGUAUCGUUGCGCAAGACCGCUGGUCAAAUCACGGGUAACACACGAAUUACUCGAGCUGUCCUGACUGUCUUCUGGCAUUCCCAUCGAUCGUGAGUGGGUCUAUUCCAGCAAACAAACCAACAUCCCUCCGAAAUACGGAGCGACCAUUAGAGCUGGAUUGACAUACUGUCAGGUUGCCUCUCAGUUUUCAGUAUUUGUUCUUUUACGUCAGUCUCACAACGCCUGAUAGUACUGUUUAUCCUUGUUCAGUAUUCCUUUCCGCAUUUAAUCAGAAAUCUGCUGCCCCUCAUGCGGUCUGUCGUGGAAUUGUCGAGGAAAUGAGGACCGGCAGUUUUUCAGUUGUCUAGAUGCACCGCAAGCUAAACAUCCUGCAGAGAAUCUUACUCACUUAAUAAUAGUAGUAGCGCUGCUGGCUGGGCAACCCAUUUAAGGACUACGUUUUUUCCAUCCUUUUGAACUUGUGCAAAGUAUUUCCACGUUCAGAUUGGCCCUGCACCAAAGUUUGACCCUUUUGACAAUUUUGGAGAAUUUAUUAAUGCAGGGUUUUAUAAGAUGGUCCCCCGUUCACCAGUCGAAGAUAAAGGUUCCAGUGUCCUUCCUUUUUCUCACUUUUUUCGUUUCCUUCCACCUGUAGAUGUCUGGUCCGCGGGUUGCGUCUUUGCAGAGCUGCUCCUCGGCCAACCAAUCUUCCCAGGCGAAAGCGGCGUCGAUCAACUCGUGGAGAUCAUAAAGGUCCUUGGCACUCCCACGCACGAGCAGAUCCGCGAAAUGAAUCCCGAUUAUCGUGAAUUCAAGUUUCCGCAAAUCAAAGCUCACCCCUGGUCAAGAGUAUGUCCUGGUUUAUGCAUCCAAAGCAUCACUCACCCGCCCAUAACUUUUAUCGAUUCCUCGAGUACCACUGUUUACUCUCCCUCUUCAUUAGCCCACCGUUUUCCUUCUUCCACACUCACGUUAAGGCUACUACCAUCAUCUUUUGGCUACUCAGUUUCGACAACAAUAUACGUAAUUCCUGUUAUGCCUAGGGCUUUCUGGGCACAAAAAUCUCGAGACCGAUUUAUCUUCGGGGUCUGCACAUCAAAUAACUCCUCUUGUCUUCUCACAUUCAAAUAGCGUCUACUGCAUUGAAAUUGUAGUUGUGUUUAGGUCGCGUGAGAUAGUUAAGUGAAUGGCUUGAGAUUUUCUUGAUCACCCACGUCUUUACAGACCUCAGUCUCAUUGCACCCUAAUCGAAGAAGCCAUACGACAACCCACAGAAGAAGACUGGCCAACUAGAGUGUGACUGGAGCUCGUUUACCCCUGCGGCGUUCGUAGUUCCGUUGGGGGCACAAUGGGCGCAACGCUAUGUGCACCACUUAUGAAACAACGUUUUACCCCCUCUGCUGUCCUAACUGCCUUAUGUCAAGAUAGGCUCCUACCACUCGCAUGGAUUACUUCCUGCCAUAUGACCGGAUUAGAAACAAGUCCAACUGACAACCCCCUACCCCCAGGUCAAAUCACACAUAGCCUGGUGACGAUAGUCAUUGCCAAUUACUGCGCAUGAACCACCGUUAUCGUCUAUCCCGAUAAUCGACAGGCAAUAAUUUUCUUCUUCGCCGUUCAAUCCCUUAAACUGAGGUAAUUAACUGUGCCAGGUUAUCUUAUUUCUGUCUAGUCAGGGGUUUUAGACUUUCGAAAACUGGGGAUAAUAUGUUCACCAGCCUUGUUUUUACAUAUCCCUUCGGCAUAGGUCCUACUGUUCAUCAUAAGUGCGUAGUUGCCAAUAUAUGCGAAAAGGCGACUUCCAAACACUAACUGGAAAGACAUGCCGUCAGUGACAGGAACACGGCUCCUAUUCUGGCCUCCGGCCACACCUAUCUUCAAACUCAUAUCUAUUUAGGCGACGUUCGAUACAAAUAAGUCGAAAAACACUGGAGAGUUUGGAUUUUGUAGUCGAGAUUAAAGAAGACUGCUGACUUGUGAAUUCAUUCCAGCAAAAUGGCUUAAACAAACUACUGCCACAGACCGUCAUCAUUGUUUAGGCUUACCCUUACACUACGUAUUUUACGAACGUAGCUGUCUUUAAACAAUGCAAAGUAGGAAUUAUUAAGCAACAUUACAGAAACCAUCUUAUUGAAAUAAGGAUAAAUACACAGUCUUAGCAGCGUGGGUUGUUUAUCAGUGAGGUGAGUAUGUCCUCAAGUCAUUAUUGCCUACCCAAAUCGGGGACAAUCGGACUAUAAAGGUUCUUGUAUUUUACUCUAGCUUAUAUGUAGAUAGUCGAAAAUAUUAGUUAGAGUGCUAAUGUUUGUUUACUGGAUUGCGUCUGCCGAGAUUACGUAAACUUCCUUACAAUACGCCACGGUAAUUUAGAUGCCUAACGCUAGCAUAAUAGCUGCGAUUACCAUAUGCAGUUGCUUUAGAAGGGUCAUUUAAGUUUGCGGAAUACUGGUCCUUCUGAUACACGUCCUCUAAAGUCGCAGCGUUACUACCAGGACAUGCUCCAUACUGGGCAGGAGUUGGCGUUUUUACCUUACGGACUGUUCUUCUACUAUGAUCAAAGCAUACUUUGUUCCACUUUCUGCAGGCUCGAUUGUCGUUCCCUAUCCGUACUUGCUGGCCCUAUUUUUCAAAAGUAUAAUUGUCCGUAAAUAUCUUGUUAAUUGACAGGUAAUAAAUGAGGUAUUAAAGCACUGUAGGUAAUUGCAAAUGAUGGAAGAUUUGUACAAAGUUAGACGUGUUAGAGAACAUCCUCCUCUUCUCACGCGCUUUCUGCAAAUAAAAUUAAUUCCCUUUUCCCAACCUCGCCUGUUAUACUUUCUUCUUGUGGGCAGUCAUAUCAUGUAGCAGCAAGCUGUGAAAUGUCUUUCCAGUUCGACUUCACAGUGUAUGGGAGAUUAUCACUUUCCAAAAGAAGGAGUUUGAGAUCGUUCGCCCGCCUAGAUUUUGGAUGUUGUGGUCGUGCUCGGUUGAGUGAUCUAGCGCGAUUUUUAAAGGCCUCGUCUCACGGACUUAUUACAGUCUUGAAGUGGAACGCUGUUCGAAAUCCAUUUACGACACCGACGUAUUCAUUGUAUUCUCAUGCCUACUUUUUAAGAAGCUCGGUUUGUUCUUUUAAUUAUGCCGGUCAGUUUUGGGCUGAUGUGAAAUAUUUAUGGUUUUAUUGAUCGAGUGCUUCUAGAAUGGAAUGCGAAUCUAACCAUAUUUUCCUGUUCAUAUUUUUCCAGGUCUUCAGGCCUCGAACCCCACCCGAAGCCAUUCAUUUGGUAUCCAAGCUUCUCGAUUACACCGCGAAUCAACGAUUGCGACCACUAGAGGCCUGUGCCCAGCCCUUCUUUGAUGAACUGCGGCAGGAGGGCACGACUCUCCCCAACAAUCGUCACCUACCUCCACUUUUCAAUUUUUCUGCCGAAGGUGCGUAUAGAUACCUUUAAUUGCUCUGGACAUUCUAAUUGUCCCACAGGCUCCCUAAACACGCUUUCCUGUUUAGUUUGGAUGCUUAUGAUGUUGGUGACCUUUUGACGGAAAUUCGCAUUUGCUAGUAGAGAUUUGCCAUAAGUAAACAGACUGGAUCUGAUUUCUUGCGCUUUCGGCUUGCCUUUAAUGAACAGUUGAGUACAUCUUCAAAUUUGACUACUAAUAUAUCUUAGUAAGGGCACUGCGGUGAGUUUGGCGUUUGUUUUUCCGCAAUAUUUUUCUGCAACCUCUGGUUUAUGAAACAGCGAGAAUCAUCCUUUUCAAAUAUUUCAGGUAUUGCCUGUGCGCAAAGAGUUAGCUUAAAAUCACGCGAUAACUACAUGUUUCGUAUUUCAUCAUUAAUCUUGACUUUGUUGCCAUGUGUAUAAAUUAAUAAACAUGUACCGCUUUUAAUUAUCUAUUUAGCCAUUAAGUACCUCUUUCGUACUUUCUUAUCUGGAUAACCAUCCUACACUCAUUUGUGCAUUUGACUGACAAGUUUUUGUGAAUAAGCGGCGUCAUUCUCACCGCGACCCAUUGACUCCGUCGCCCACUAUCUUCGCUAGCCGCCAUUUUCCCGGCAUGCACAUGCCACAAUCAGCCUAUCUACAUUUGUUGCCACGGUGUCCGCAGUACCUGACAUAUAUUGUUUUAAUGAUGGCUAUGGAUGCUGCGUAUCUCCGAACUCACGACGUGUUUGCGCUCUCUUCCACAAACGUCGCCCUCCCGAAAUUGAAGCCAAUUUUAACGCGAGUAUAUGUUCUAUGUAGUUUGCCUUGCAAUUUCAGAACUCUCCACUAACCAGGAACUCUUGGCCAAGCUGCUUCCCUACAACUCCAGAACUGAACACGCCACUCAAGGUGACUCGACUGACGUUGGUUUGCCCAGAGAUACGCCAGUCACUGCAAAUCCCACGGGCGAAGGUUCUACCAGAGCUCCUGACUCUACAGAUAAGACCUCUCUGUCCGACCCUGCGUCGAAGGCCGUCUCCUUGGAGGGCGCCCAAUCGGUGCGGAAUCCUGAUGCUACAGGAGAGGCCGCCCCUAUUGCUGUCGGGAAUACCUAA